AUGCAGAUUUUCAAUCUCUAUUCUACCGACCCCGUUAAAUUCGGGUCUCCAAUCCUAGGAUUUCCAACAGAUAAAAUCGAAUUCUACUACGAUCUGGUGGAUGAAUCCGGGGACCUUUCAUUGCCAGUCGCGGCACGCGCUGACUUGCGCAUGAACACGGCCUGCGAGUUGGACCAAUUCACCCAGCCAAGAUACUUCAGCACCGGCUUUGAAAUUUACAAAGACAGUCUUCGAGGGGUGGAGGCGCAGAUUCACUUCAUCGACGACAAUCACUUGAUACUCAAGGUCAGUCGUGAUUUAGUCUAUGUCGGCGAGGAAAUACCCAAGGACGCAUCCUUCACAUUUACAUACUAUGGGAUCCGCGACAAGUCUGAGACCGAGCAGAAAGCGAAACAGAAGGAAGAGAAGAAGAAGGCGCGUGGUCGCUCAACAACUCAAGAGCAGCCUGUCAGGAGACUGUCGAUUGCUUCGACUUGUUCGAGAGACAUGGAAUAUUACAUGUAG